CCAAUAAACACACACACACACCAACACACCAACACACACACUAAUGACGCUUUAUAACUUCAAUUAUAACAGAUUCAAAUUUCAUCAUGAAGAUUUAAAAUAAUAAUAAUAUUUAGAACCUUCAGAACCAAACGGACUGGGUCGGCAUUCACUGGAACAGAACCUCUAAAAAGUAUUCACACCCUUUGAACUUUUCCUCAGACCGGAAGACCUUUCGGAACCAGGAAGUGGAUCAGAACCAGGAAGUGGAUCGGAACCAGGAAGUGGUUUCCAUCAAUUUCAUAGCUAAAAUCUGAAAAGUGCGGAGUGUUAUUAUAUGAAUCAGAACUCUGCGGAACCUGGUCUGCGUUCUGAGCACCUCGGCUCUAGACUUUGACUAGGCCACCAGCUCUGAUCUCGUCCUGUCCUCCUGCUGGAAGCUGAACUUUGACCCCAGGUUCGGCUCCCCCAGUAUGAUGCUGCCACCACCAGGCUGGACAGGUUGAACUGGGCCGUCUCUCUGAAUGGUUCUGAUCCGGUUCUGAACGUCUUCCUGUUGCUAUGACCCAGAAUAUUCAUCAGAACCAAACAUUCCUCCCGAUUCCCCGGUCCAGAUAAGAAGCGGACCGGUUCGGCCGGCAGCCUGACAUGAUGAUGAUGAUGAUGAUCAUGAUGAUGAUGAUGAUGUGACCUUCCUCCUCCUCCUCUUCCUCCCUCUUAAAGCGCCGCGGCGCAGCAGCGGCUCAGUCCGACCCGAACGCCGAACCCUUCAUGGACCGAACCCCGCGGAGCUCCGCUGCUCUCUAACGACCCGAACUGGACCCGAACCCGAACCGAACCCGGAUCAGUUCCUUCUGCGCCUGCGCCAUGCCGUCCGGCUCCAGAGGCAGAACCGGAUUCUCAGUGCGGGAUCUUCUGGACCUUCCGAACCCCGCAGGAGGAUCCGGGUCCGGAACCGAGGAGGAGAGCUCCAGGGAGGAACCGGAACCGGACCCAGAACCAGAACCGAAGUGUUGGAGCAGGUGGAGCCGAGCAGCAGAGUCCGGAACCGACCGACCCGGUGAGCAUCCCGGCGCUGCGGCCCGGCUCGGUUCGGCCCAGAAGAACCGGAAGAGGCGGGUUCUGUUCUCCAAGGCUCAGACCUCGGAGCUGGAGCGCCGCUUCCGACAGCAGCGGUACCUGUCGGUUCCGGAGCGGGAGCACCUGGCGGGCCGGAUCCAGCUCACCCCGAACCAGGUCAAGAUCUGGUUCCAGAACCACCGAUACAAGAUGAAGCGCGCGCACGCAGAGCGCGGCCACGAGGCGCUGCCGCUGCUUCCGGCGCGCCGCAUCGCGAUCCCGCUGCUGGUUCGGGACGGGAAGCCGUCCGAACCGCUGGAGGUUCGGUCUGGGUUCGCCCUGCCGCUGUGCGCCUUCUCCCCGCUGCUGCGCGCCGCUUGCGGGCCGAACCGGACCGGACCGACGCCGCUCCUCUACCCCUGGAGCUGGAUAUGAGCCGAACCCAACCGAACUUUCCGCUCUGACUGUUUGGGUCCGCUCCGGGACCCGGUUCGGUUUGUUCUCUUUCUGUGUUCAGUUUAUUUAUUGUUUGUGGUUCUGAAUAAAUGUGAGGAAGAUUCUGA